AUGUGCAGAGCUCUUGUGAGUUCUUCAGUGAGAUUUUCACUCCUAUCCUGUAGAUCACCUCCUGCAAAAGGGUUUGAACGCGUCUCGCUUUUUCAGAGUCUUAUAUGUCUACUACUGGUCUUGUUCAUUGCCGUUUCAUCUCAUCCUAUCGACAAUGGACUCGUCGAUUCUGAAUUGGUACACGAAUGUGUUAAUAACAAGUCUGUUGACCUCCUCCUCAUUCUUGACGGAUCAGGUUCCAUUGGUGACGACACGUUUCGGAACCAGAUUGCAUUCGCCAUGCAUCUUGCAGAACGGUUGAACGUCUCAAUGGAAGGCAGUCGAAUGGCAGUCAUGCAGUAUGCCGAGACUCCUCGAGUCGAAUUCACCCUCAACCAGUAUACACAUCCAACGCAAUUGGAAUGGGCCAUUCAGCGGAUCAAUUUUCUCUCUGGUGCCACAAACACCGGAAAGGCGCUAAAAUUAGCACUGCAACGCGGAUUCAGUGGCGCACGAGGAGGAAACAUUCCUAGAGUAGCCGUGGUUGUUACCGACGGCCAGAGUCAGGAUGAAGUCUCAGAGCCGGCACAAUUGCUGCGCGACGCUCACGUCAUGCUGUACGCUAUCGGGGUCACCAACCUCAUCAACGUACAUCAGCUUCAUCAGAUCACUGGAAAUCCAGUGAGGGUAUUCACAGUGGAAUCGUUCGACCAACUUGACAAAGCCCUGGCAGAUUCGCUUACAUGGGACAUGUGCAAGACCGAAUUCCGGCCUGGGACCCCAGAUAUAAUUUGUGGACCAGAUCGAAUCGGUGUAAGGGCGUCGACAAAAAAGCCGUUCGACGGCUUCGUUUUCGUCAUGGAUCACUUCCAUCAGGAAGAGUGCCGUGCAGGACCCGAGAAAUUUCCCGAUCCCAAGAGCAUCGGUAUCACAGUGCCAUUCAAUGCAUGCAACGUGCAUAGGUAUCGAUCGCUGAAUCCACGCGGCAUCUUUGUGGAAAUGACUGUCGUUUUCAUGUUCCACACUCUAUUUAUGACAAAAGUGGACCAAAUGGUCAAGAUACAAUGCUUUUACAUGGAAGCCGAUAAACAGGUUACCGUCCCAUUGUCCGUCAGUAUGAUCACAACACAGUUUCGUGAGAAGAUGUAUCAGAUGCCGCAAUGCACGUACACCCUUCGUAAGGCCAAUCCGGACGGCGAAAUUGUACGCUAUGCGAGUCUUGGUGAGAGCGUCUAUCAUCGGUGGGAGUGUAUGGAGGAGAAUGAGAAGGACACGUUUGGAAUGUUGGUGCACUCUUGCUACGUCGAUAAUGGCUACGGCGAUCGUGUCGACAUACUCAGUGAAAAAGGAUGUGGCCUUGAUGCAGUACUUCUGUCCACUCCCGACUACGACGAUUCGCUUAGAUUGGCCACAAAAGCCUACCAUGUUUUCAAAUACGCCGACCGUCCUGUGUUGCAGUUUCAGUGUCAGAUUACACUCUGCCUGAAAUACGAUGGCGGCUGUGAUGGUAUUACCCCGCCAAAGAACUGCCCCACUUUGUACGGAGAGAAUGGCUACCAUCAUCAUUAUGGAAGCAAAAGAAAGGCUCGAGAAGUAGACGGCAUUGGAACCGUAGACGUCUUUACGGAUUCAGUAACGGUUGUCGAUCAAUUGCCGAUUUGUUCAACAUCGGUACUGAUCUUUGUACUUGUGGAAAAUAAUAAUUGUAACCAUAUUCUGAAAGAAGAGAUGAUUCACCUACAGACUCGACUGGCCAUGUGGAUGACAGUUUCAAGACAACGAGCUGAAUGA